CGGGGCGGGUGGGCGGGCGGCCUCGGGUUUCAGGCGGGAAGCGCGGCGGUGCGGGGCGGGCGGGCAGCACCAUGACGGACCGCUACAACAUCCACAGCCAGCUGGAGCACCUGCAGUCCAAGUACAUCGGGACGGGCCACGCCGACACCACCAAGUGGGAGUGGCUGGUCAACCAGCACCGCGACUCGUACGCCUCCUACAUGGGCCACUUCGACCUGCUCAACUACUUCGCGGUGGCCGAGAACGAAACCAAGGCCCGGGUCCGCUUCAACCUGAUGGAGAAGAUGCUGCAGCCGUGCGGGCCGCCGCCAGACAAGCCCGAGGAGGCCUGAGCGGCCGGGCCGGGGGUCCGGGCCCGGGCGUGAGGGGGGACCCCGACCCCGGGGGGGGGGGGGGGUGCUGGAGGAGCUUGAAUGAGGGCUCAGGGGGCAAAGGCUGGGGAAUGGGGGGGGGGGGGUCUCCAACCUGGGCGAGUGGGCAGCCUCUGGCUCGGUCACUGCCCCCCACCCCCAUCCCUCAGCCCCUUCAGACAUCCACUGAGACCCACCAGCAGUUGCCCCCCCCCCCCCCCCGACACCCUGCAGCUCAGUCACAGCCCCCACUCCAUCUCCAACCAGGCUCUUGAAACUUCUCCCCAGGGAAUUGCCCCGGCUCUGCCUCCUCCUUACCCCCUCCCCAACUGCUGCGGGGUCAAACUCCACCUUCUUUGAGCCUUGGGUCCUUGCCCUUGCUCUUGACUGGUAUCUGCUCUCCGUUUCCUACUUCAACUCCCUUCAGUGACUGCAGUCAAAUGAUUUAACCUAUCACCAUUUCCCCAAGUUAUCUAUGAUUCCCUGCCCUAGCCCAGGGUACGCCAUGUGCCGAUAGAGUGGUUUACCUCCCACUCCCUCUCUUUUCACCACCCCCGCUCCCGGCCAAAAACCAUCCUAUGACCAACCAGCCAAGGAGUUUGCCCAACUUGCCUCGCACUGACUGUGUCUCCGCUUUUCUCACUGGAUCAUCGCAGGAAGGACUUUUGUUUGAUGUGAAGUUUUGUCGCAAUAUUGGAAACACCGGUCAACACAUCAAAUGGAUCUUCUUUGCGGGGCAUUGACGAAAUAAUUUUUACAAACACCAGCAAAUCCUGAGGCAAGAGCCAGACAAUCAUCCAUCUGUCAGAGCAGGAGUAUCACAAGGGGCAUCCUUGGCAGGUUUGUCAAAGGAUAAAAGAAAAACUGCCUCUUAUAAAAUUUGCAGCUUCCAAUAUUUUCCAUAGUGCCUCCUGUCCAGAGAACUGGAAUCACUGUUGUUAUUUCAGCGAGAUUAGCCCACAACAGCAGUCAGUGAAGGAAAUCUCACAUCCCUGCACCACCUAAUGAUAAGGAAGUGUCGACAUGUGGAGCCUUCAGUGAGAAGCUUUGAUCUUUGGAGGUAACCUCUUCGAGCAUGGGGAGAUUUCCCAGUUGGAGUAUUUAUCGAUAUUCAGACCUGAGGCUGAUACUGGCGUGAGGACCUCGACAGAGCCUGUGAUGGGGCUUGCAGAAUCACCUGGGAACUAUCGGUGAAUGAAGGCACAGAUGCUGCAGUCUCUGCCUCCACAGAUAUUGCUUGACCCGCUGAGUUCCUCCAGUUGUUUGGUUUCCGCUCCACUCUCAGUGAACGAUCUGUCCUGUGCGUAGAUAAAGUAGAGGGUGACUGCAGAUCUCUGCUGAGGAAGUGAAGAAACUCUUUUCGGCAAAUGAACUCUGCCAGUGCCCCUUCACCUUGACGAGCCUGUUUAAGCACACGAGUCUCAGAAGGCAGCUACGCCAAAGGCAACGUUCCUGGCAUGUCAGGUGGAUUAAUCGACGGGAAUGCGAGUGGAACUUUCAGAUGGCGUAAAAUAACAAAUCUUGGAACAGAAACCAACCAUCAAGUGAUUUUUGGGCUUCUCAAUGAUCCACUUGUUCAUCUGCAGUGAGGGUUCUACUCCGGAAUGGGUUGCGUUUCAGCAGAGAUUCCCACUGGUUGAUUGGCCGGCUUUGGAACAAUGAUGAUCCUGCCUGUGGCGGUGAGGAACCCUUUCCAUUCGAUCGCUGGAGCACAGAAGGAGGCCGUUUGGCCCAUUGAGUCGGUGCUGGCCUAUCAUUCCACAGUGAGGAUUUCAGGCCUGCGUGUGUCGAAUGUUUGCCAAAUGGCCAGCCCCUUGCUGACAAGUUCACGGUUCAAGCAUCAGCUCAAGUUGGAACUCUUAAAAUGCAGGUCCUAGAAAAAAUUUUUGCUUUAGGAUGAAGCUGCAGAUACUUGUGAAAGUGUGGUUUGCUCAAAUGUUUAUUACUGGCAUAAUAAAUGGUUUUCAGUUAUUUUGACCAUA